UCACUUUUUGGUGGUUUACAGGUUAAUGUGUGGUUAACAAACUUACAGACAUUUUAAUUUGAUUUUAUCUACAUAUUUAGGCUGCUAUUUUACAUCGAGAAGAUGGACGAAAACCUUCCUGAUCUCACUGAGGAGUUCAAGCAGUUUUUCAUACAGGAACUGUUGUGGUUAAUGGGGAAAUGGCUGUUCUUAAAGGACAAGAACUCCAACCUGCGAGAAGUAUCACUAUUAGUGAUACAGGCCUUUACUGAAAUUUCUGUACCAGAGCAGCUAAUAAUUCUGGGAAAGAAUUCUGUUCUCUGCAGAGUUGAGGAGGCUGGGAAAGUGCUGUGUAUUAUUGCAGAGAGGUUUGGCUUUGAAAAGUUUUAUACGUUACUGGAUCUAGAGAAUGUCAACGGUAAACUGCAGGCCUUAUUUCCAGAGUGCGUUAAUAUCAUCAAAUAUGACAGUUUCCAAGUUGAUGAAAUAAAGCUUCAGUCUGCCUUCAGAAGUAUGGAGAAAGCAGAGACCUAUGAUGUUUCUAUACAUCGCGAUGAGGUUGUAGGAUUUCUCCACAAUAAUCCUACUGAAUCUAACUUCCUCUCAUAUGAUAUUUUCCAAGGUAACUUAAACAAAUUUUUAUUUAAAGCUUCAUGUGUUAUAGGGAAUGUUCACGAAAAAUGA